AUGAUUUCUAUCUUUCAGGUGCAGAGUCGUCUGCUACCGGAUGAAAUCAACAGGCUGGAGCGCGAACAGACGAAGAGGAAACGGAGAGUGCACCGCGCAUGCGCAGCCAACCUCACGCACGCGUCUGCGAAGGGCGCGCUCGGCAAGGCAGAGAACUUCAACUACUAUAAAAAGGUGAUCGUUGACGACGAACACAAACUACUCUACUGCAACGUGCAAAAGAUCGCCUCCACGAACUGGAAGCGAGUGUUAAUCGCUCUGCGAUACCAUCCUCCCAAGGACCCGGCGACAAUCAACAAAUCUCUCGUUCACCGCAAGGGGGGCAACUGGACCUACUUAGCCGCCUUCAAUGCGAAAGAGCGUCAGUAUAGACUCGACAACUAUUUCAAAUUCCUCUUCGUGCGGAAUCCCUACGAGCGACUGCUCUCGGCGUACAUGAAUAAGUUUGUGGAGCAGAACCCGCUCUUUCAGCAAACGUACGUGCCUCUCAUCGCUCGCAUGUACCGCGGCGGCAACAACGCUACCGGUGGCGCCAUCGCGCGGAACGAAACGGUAACCUUUGGCGAGUUUCUGAGAAUCUAG